CACAGAGGAAUCCAGUACCAGGUUUUAUAGCAUCCCUAUAUUGCCCAUUGCCUAUCGCAACGCAGGAUGAACUAGUGGGAACAGAAACACUAUGGCUGCCAGUCUCUCCCUGACUCAGCUUUCGAGUGGGAAUCCUGUCUAUGAGAAAUACUAUCGACAGGUAGAUCCGUCCGGCAGUGGGGGUGUAGGAGCAGCUGAUGCAGCCUUAUUUUUAAAGACGUCUGGCCUUACAGACCUGAUCCUUGGCAAGAUAUGGGACUUGGCAGAUUCAGAACGCAAAGGAUCGCUAAACAAGCAGCAAUUUUUUGUCGCCCUCCGCUUGGUGGCGUGUGCUCAGAAUGGACUUGAGGUGUCUCUUAAGAGCUUAAAUACAGCUGUCCUUCCCCCAAAGUUUCAUGACACUAGCAGUCCUCUUCAGUUUGGCCCCGUGCCCACGGACAGCCCAUGGGUCGUCAAGGCAGAGGAGAAGCUAAAAUUCGAUGCCAUCUUCGACAGCCUCUCUCCUGUGGGCGGCAUGCUCACGGGGGAUAAGGUCAAACCAGUGCUCCUCAAUUCUAAACUCCCCGUGGACGUUCUUGGCAGGGUUUGGGAGCUCAGUGACAUUGACAGAGAUGGCAUGCUGGACAAAGAUGAGUUUGCUGUGGCCAUGCAUUUGGUAUACAGAGCCCUGGAAUCCGAGCCAGUUCCUAUGUCUCUGCCUGCUUCUCUGAUUCCACCAUCAAAACGGAAAAAAAUAGCCACGCCUCCCGUGAUGCCCCUCCUACCAUCACCAGCGCAGCAAAAAGAGAGAGGCUCCUCCCACUCUGGAUCUAAAACACUGCCAGCAAAACCUACACCACCACAGUGGGUGGUGUCUCCAGCAGAUAAAGCCAAAUAUGAUGACUUAUUCGCCAAGACAGACAACGACAUGGAUGGCUUGGUGUCCGGUGCUGAGGUCCGAGAUAUAUUUUUAAAGACUGGUUUGCCAUCUGCCACUUUGGCCCGCAUUUGGGAGCUUUGUGAUAUAGGAGACAUUGGGAAGCUGAGCCGAGAUCAGUUUGCAUUAGCUCUAUAUCUAAUCAACCAGAAGCUGUCAAAGGGAGUAGACCCACCCCAGACACUCUCUCCAGAAAUGAUCCCUCCUUCUGAUAGACUGGCACGACAGAACAAUGCUGCCACAGUACAAGCUGCCGAUUUCUCUGCGAUUAAAGAGCUGGACUCGCUCACUAAUGAAAUCAUGGACCUACAGAAGGAGAAGAGCGUGGUGGAACAGGACAUAAAAGAGAGGGAGGAAACUAUACGACAGAGGAACAGUGAAGUCCAGGACCUGCAGGAGGAGGUUCAGAAGGGCUCGGAGGAGCUGAGCCGCCUGCAGGCGGAGCGACAGGAGGUGCAGGAGAAGCUGGAGAGGCUGGACGAGCAGAAACGCUCUCUAGAGGAGCAGCUCAGACUCAUACAGCAACAAUGCAGCCAGGAAAACCAACUGAUCCAGUCACUGCAGGUGGAGCACUCAGAGCAGGAGCAGAGAAUCGGUGACUACGAGGAGGAGUUGACCAGAGCCAGAGAAGAACUGCUCCAACUGCAGGAGGAAACGCGUCAGCUGGAAGAGAAGGUUCAGUCCGCCCGUGUUCAACUCUGCCCCCUUGAGGAUGCUGUUAAAGAAUCCCACACACAGAUUGCUCAGGAACAGAAGCGAUUGGCUGAGCUUAAAACAGAGGAGAGAGAAGUGACUGCACGGCUUACUUGGAAGGUCCUGGAGGAGCCAGUGAUUGUCAACGGAACAGCGCCCUCGUCUGAGCAGCCCGAGCAACUGCAGUGGCCUCAACCCACUGCACAACUGCUCGAGCAACCCAAAGAGGACAAAGUUCAGGAUGAAGAGGAGCACUCGUCUGUUGAUGAGCCGCAAGAGCUCAGAGUCACAGAGGAGCAGCCCGGGUCAGAAGCAGAGGAGUCAUCCACCAGCCCAGAGGAGCAAGAGCCUAAAGCUGACUUUUAUAGCUCUGACCUUUACAACAGUGGGUUAUCCACUGCCAGUCCCACUACUGUCGCCUGGCCUCAGGGGAACACGGAAAGCACAACACAAGCUAACCCAGAGGUAGAGGAAGAGAAGGAAAAAGCAGAGGACCUGCCCACCACCAGCACUCCAAAGGCGGAAACUGUGGAGCCAGAGAAGAAGGAAACUGCCCAGCCAGUUACUAACCCACCCAGCGGUCCUGGCCUUGACUUCUUCCAUUCUGACCCUUUCACUGACAGCGAUCCAUUCACUGAAGAUCCCUUCUCAAAAGUUGACAUUUCAGAUCCUUUUGGUGGGGACCCUUUUAAAGGCACAGACCCGUUUGCAGCAGACAACUUCUUCAAGCAGUCUUCGGGUGGUUUCUCCUCAGGAGAUCCUUUUGGUUCCUCCGACCCAUUCAAUGCCACCACAGGCCAAAAAGAGCCUGAUCCAUUCACAUCCAGGACCAGUAAUGCUGUCACUCCAGGUCCAUUUGCUUCCAGUAGUGGUAGCAUCCAAGACACUGAUCCGUUCGGAUCCAAAAUGGAUGCCCUGGGAGACUCAGAUCCCUUUAGCUCGACUGGCUCAGGACAUGACCCAUUUGGAGGAUCAGAUAUUCCUAUUAGAGAUGGACCAGCAGCAGCCAACGAUCCUUUUGCCCCAGGAGGAACUACAGUAGCCGCUAACUCAGACCCAGAUCCCUUUGCUGCAGUAUUUGGCAAUGAGACUUUUGGAGGAGGUUUUGCAGACUUCAGCAGCUUAGCAAAAUCUAAUGGCAGCGAUCCAUUUGACUCGAGUACAAACAAGAACUUAUUUAAGGAGGACACUCAGUCAGAUGUUCCUCCAGCAUUACCGCCCAAAACCGGAACACCCACCAGACCUCCACCUCCACCCCCAGGUAAACGGUCCAACAUCCACCGAUCAGAGUCCUCAGAGUCAUUUCAAAGACGUGGUCUAUUCAAGGCUCAGGGUUCUGGAGAGUUCUCCUCCCUUCCCGCUAAAGACUCGGUACCAGACCCCUUCGCCCCUUCCUCACCCCACCAAGCCCCACGCGACCCCAACCGAUUCGCCAGCUUUGACAAAUACCCCACAGAGGAGGACAUGAUAGAGUGGGCGAAGCGGGAGAGUGAGAGAGAAGAGAGGGAGCGAGUGGCUCGUCUGACCCAGCAAGAGCAGGAGGACCUGGAGCUGGCGAUAGCCCUAAGUAAAUCCGAGCUGUCUUGACCCAAGCUUGGUACAGCACCACCACCACCACCCGAGCCACAUUAACAAGGAGGAGGAGGAGCAGAGGAAAAGCUGGAACCACCACAAUUAGAAGAAUCCUUCCACCUCCAUGUCCACUUGAUAAUCAUCUAGGAUUCCAGCUUCUUCUGAAUGUCCGCUGAGUUCUCCCCGGUGUCCGGUUGGCUGGAGGCCGAGUUAAGAUGGAGUUAAAGGUAACAGACUAGUUGCAGCCUGUGGCUUGAAACCUCUAGUGCGACUCCCUUCGUUUUUAAAUGAUCUCAAAUCAAGAGAGCUCCACUGAUCUAAAAUUUUAAGAUGUCCAGUUCAAUAUCACCGAACAAGUGUUUCUGAACAAAUCUAUUCCCAUCUAUUUGAAGUUUAUUUCAGAGUGAUUAUUAUAAGGUUAUCGGUCGGGUGAAUGAAUGUAGAUCUGUGAUAUGGAGGCUUAAACAAAUCCACAAGAAGUUCUCCAAGGUUCGUUCUCUUCCUUUCGUGGGCAAUAUUAGCACAUUUGUUCAAAGUUUACAAGCGGCCGAACUAGGCAGCUUCAUUCGCUUAAAGUUUCAGCAAUAGUUCUCGAACACAAGAGGCUUUUAUUGUGGGCAUAUCUGUCCACUCUCAGGAACGUAUCCCACAAGCCAUGAAACCGCAACCUGUUCAGUGAAUUUCAGCUAGAAUCGAAGCUGAUGUGCUGGUAACAUUAUUAGCUUACAUAAACCACUACUACAACUGAAUUUCUACCCUACUAAAAGAGAACAUUGAUGAAAGAACAACCGUGCAACUCCGUUUUAACUUUAUAAUCUCAACAAUACAGCAUUUAUACUUUGACUCAUUCUGUCCUUUUGAAGAAUCAAAAUCUUGACAAACUACUAAGAGUCAUUAUUUGACAUAAGAAAUUUAUAAAUAGCUGGUAUAAAUAAUGAAAAUGUACAUAUUUGUGAAUUGUUUUGCCAGUAAUCUUGUACUACAGUGUAUUCAUAUCCUAAAACAUACUCUAUUUUAUCAAAAAAUGUGUAGAAUAUAGAAAGUUUGCUUAAUAAAAAUGUCCCUUCUGUCUUAUUCCUAAUGACAAGUGCCGAAAAGAUAGAAUAAGAUGAAUUAAACAAAUUGUGGCAUUGUGGCACAAAAACUGAUUUUUAUGAGUACACACACACACACACACACACACACACACACACACACACACACACUUGUGUGUGUGUGUGUACUCAUGCUCGUAAAAUCAGUUUUCUGAUAACAAGUGCCUACCUGUUUAGUUAUGCCUUGGAGAGAGAAAAUCAGCUUCAAUCAAACAUGAUAAUUUGUUAAUCCUUUAAUAGCAUUACUUUUCUCAGAAGCACUGUUGAUACUCAAAUUUCAGUGUCAAUUAUAUAAGAACCAUUUGCUUCUCUUUUAUAUCUCGCACAACAUCGUCACUGCCACAUUUCAAAAGAUUAUUAAAACACUCUCUGGUGAUCAAUAGUGCACAGUUGGUUGCAAUUUCACGUGCACAGUUUGGUAUAAGCUUAACGGAAGGUAAAUUUAAACCUAAUAUCAAUGCAGUUAUCAUUUAUUAUAUCUGCAGCAUGUCAAAAACAUUUCAAUUGUCUGUGUGUAGUUUCACCAGUAGGUGGACUCGCUGAGAUACAACACGCUUUGUGUGAAAAACAUGAACUCGCUGUCAAGGUUCAGUCCCAUGGGCAGAGUUGGAUUCUGGAUUGACUACAAUAGACGUGCUUUGUGAAGAUUUUCAUUCACACAGAAUGUAUAUUAUGAAAGCAUCUGACUGCAAAAUGGAGUAGUGUACUCCUUUUUGAAUGCUUUGUCAGACUCACACAGAAAUAUGUGGCGAAUGUGAAAAUAUUCAAAGAAGGGAACAGCAAAAUAUGUCUAAUCUGGCUUUUAUUUGGCUAAUCAUAACAUUAUGAAGAUUUGGAACAUUACAAUUAACCAGGCAGAAACACAGCAUUAAAAAAAACACCUACUUUCCUCAUUUAAAAAAAAAAAAAUGCUUGGCCUUCUGUUAAUGGCUGCUGCUUGUUUAUUAUCGGCCCUGCAUAUUGUUAAAACGUUCUUAUGCUCUGUCUAUUGUUGAUCAUGUACGUAUGUAUGUAUGUAUGUAUGUAUAAGCUUUGUGUGCCUCUAAAAGAAAACCACUUAUAUGUUGGCCACUGACUGCCUUUUAAGAACAGGCUAAUUGUAUUUUAUUUUUUUAACGUCCCAUUAUUGGAGGCAAUUGUUUAAAUAUGUUAAGUAACAUGUAAUUAAAACAAACAAAAUAAAUAUUAAACUAUUAAAAAUGUA